GUUCCUACGUUAGAUGUGAUUUUACGUGUGCUGUAGAAUACAAUUAUUUUUCACCCAUAUUAUAAUUUCGAUGACAUCAUUACACUACGUACUGCUAUAGUCAGACACGAUAGCACUUCGCAACUACGCGUCAAACUCAAGAAUUCCACCUUGCUCCAUUUCAUCAUAUUUUAGUUUACAAUUUUUUUAUUGUAUUCUAAUUACGAAGUGCAAUAUUAUGUACAUAUUUUUAGUGAAAAAGAAUGUGAGUCAGUUAUAUAAAGUUAGAAGAUGCUCAUUAGAUUUAAUUUUCUCAUAACAUUUGCCUAAAAUAACUAUGCUUAUUUGUAAAUAAUUAUAACAAUUGUAAAUUUUUUUGAUCGACUUCUGCAAUGUUGAAAACGAGGAUGAAAGAAUUAUGAAUUAAUUUAUGAUUUUUUAGCUAAUGUAUAUAAAAUUUUUACAUGAUUAAUUUUUAAACAAACGAAUCUUGUCAAGACUUGCAAUAAGUUAAUAAGGCUAUGAAAGAAUUUUAAAAUUAUUUAUAUAUAUUUUAUUGUUAGCAUUAUUUAACAAAUAUAAAAUGGAUAAAAUAACGACUUGUCAAAUUGUAAAUACAUUCGAUGAAAGCACAUUAUUUUUAUGUGUUAAAUGGAGCAAGGAUGAAGUAAAAUUAAUUAUUUUGAGAAAUGGAGAUGUUCCACUAAUUGGUUUGACAUCGAUUGCAGACCUAGCUAAGAAAGCUGAGAAUUUUAAAAAAACUGAAGAAGAAUUCAUCAAGGAGAUUCAAGUACAAUUAUUAGGUCAAGAUGAAGAAGUAAAAUUCACUCUAAAAGAUUCAAUAUUCACUUGGAAGAAAAAAAUAUGGAUCCAUGGCCAAGUGAAAUGUGAAACGAUUGAUGAUACUCUUAAAUUUGCAAAUGAAAUAAUAGAAAUAUUGAUUUAUAAUUUAGAAAUAACGAAAAGUUUUCGAAAGCUCAAAGAAGAACAUGAUACCUUGAAGCAAGUCAAUAAAGAAAUAGAGGCAACAAUGCAAAUCUUAACUGAUGAUAAAAAAACAAUUGAAGAAAAUAUGUUGAAACAAUGUCUUCCUUUGUUGAAUUCAAAAAAAAGGAGGAUUCGCGAGCUUGAAGAAGAAAAUAGUAUAUUAAGAAGUAGAAAACAUGAUAUUUUUAAUCAAUCGACUGACGAAAGUGAUGGAGACAAUGUCCAGAGUGAAGACUUUAGUCAAAAGAAGAAAGUAUUGAAAAAAAAAUUAUAUAUUGAAGCAAGCAGCUCAAAUGAGUCGAAGAUUAUUGAAAAUAAAAGAGCCAAGAAGCAAGAGACGAAGCUUGAUAAAAAUGAACCACGUAAUUUUUCAAUGUUCGAAAAUAUUGUAAGAGCUAUUGAGAAUGAGUGCUCUUCAUCGGUUGAUCAUAAUAUCUAGAUCAUUGAUCGUAUUUCAUACGUAAUGAGAUAUUUUUAUAAUUAAUAUGGGAUUCAGCAAUCUAUGAUAUCGAUAUGUAUUUACUUAUAUAUCAAGGAAUUUUAUAAAGUGAUAAAAUUAUGUAUUUACAAUGCAUGAGUCUUGAUAACCAAAGGAAUAAAAAAUCAUCUAGAAAUUUUCGUCAAGAUUUUUAAAAAUAGAUAUCAUUGUAAUUUUGAACUUCCCACACAGGAAGUUAAUUAUUUUAAAAACGUACUUAUUUUUAAUUUAUUUAUAAAUACAAUCAUGUAACGAUUUAUAUUGUAGUUGUUUAAACUAUAAAAAGACUUUAUGUUUUCCAUCAUGAAAACAUCAACCAUAGUCAUAAACCGGUGAAAGGAUUAAAAAUAUUUAUAUGUAUAAAUAUUUUAUUAAUGUUUUUUGUAUUUUAAUAUAUUUAUUACUUAAAUUUUUCGUCCUUAAUUCAUCGAAUGGAAGCUAAAUAAUAAAGGAAUAAAAUGU